CGAUCAUGGAACUUACAGGACACUCUGGAGAGAUUUUUGCUACGAGGUUUGAUCCGACUGGUCAGAAUAUUGCGUCGGGUUCAAUGGAUAGGUCGAUAAUGUUAUGGCGAACGUACGGACAAUGCGAAAACUACGGCGUAUUAACCGGACACAAGGGCGCAGUUCUAGAUCUACAGUGGUCGCGAGAUUCAGAAAACAUUUUCUCGGCCUCCGCAGACGUGACCCUUGCCAGGUGGGAUGCCAAAUCAGGCCAAAGAAUACGCCAAUUCAAGGGACACGAGAAUAUCAUCAAUUGCCUCGACGUCUGCAGGAGGGGCCUGGACCUGCUAAUAAGCGGCAGCGACGACGGGUGUGUGGGAGUAUGGGACCUGCGGCAAAGGGAAGCCGUUCACUUCCUAGAGUCUGAGAUGCCCGUCACGGCCGUCGCGCUGGCAGACGCCAGCAACGAGAUAUACAGCGGCGGCAUCGAUAAUGACAUUCAUGUUUGGGACAUACGAAAACCCUCCAUCAUAUACUCCAUGGUGGGUCACACGGAUACGAUUUCGUCGCUGAAUAUCGCGCCGGAUUCUCAGACGCUGCUCUCCAAUUCUCAUGAUUCGACCGUGCGCACGUGGGAUAUCCCGCCUGCGGCGCCCGUGAAUAGACAUAUCAAGACAUAUGAUGGCGCGCCGAUUGGGUUGGAGAAGAAUCUGAUCCGGGCUAGUUGGAAUCCGACAGGGAGAGGAUUGCGGCUGGCAGCGGUGAUAGAAGUGUUGUUGUGUGGGAUGUGAAGUCUGGCAAGUUGCUGUAUAAGCUGCCCGGCCAUAAAGGUACCGUGAAUGAUGUACGAUUUUCGCCUCGUGAUGAGCCUAUAAUUGUUUCUGGCUCCUCCGAUCGAAAUAUCAUGCUUGGGGAGCUUGGAAAAUAACAAAAUCAGGGGCUCAUAAUCCUUACGAAUUGUUUCAUCGAUUACCCUGAUUUUAUCGCAUGGUUGAUAUCAUAGAUACCAUACGUAUCAGAAAUUGAGGGAAGGGAAUUUAUUAUUCUAGCCGUGCAUUAUGCGUAUCUCAGAAUCGCAAACUUGACGGCCACUUUUCUCUGACCAUUUACCGUAACUCAGUCCCGUUUAUAGCCCUUAAAACAAGUUCCAGUGAAUUCUUCCCGCGAUGGUUCCCGCCUCGGUUUUUCUUUUGUAUUUGAAGAGGGGAGUAGCAGGGGUUUCUAUUUUAACUUCCCUAUGCUGUAGGCAUAUAAACUAAGUCAUACUAAAUAUAAAUAUCAUCUUCAAAUCAAGUAUAGAUAUAAAAACAACUGAAAAAAUAUAACAGUUUCAAAAUAAGUUAUAAAGAUCUUUAAUCUUCU